GUACAUAGGCAAAACUGUGUAGAUUUGGCUCUACAAAAUCACCGAAAUCCUAAUAUUCUGAUGGUGAUAUAAGCAAUUGCGAGAGAUAACAAUGGCUGAGGGCAUGUCGGGUUUAGUGUCCGAGGCGAAAAAGGGCAAGUUUUCGACAAUCGGCAACACUUUGAGCGAAGAAGAUGCAGUGAGUGUGUGGGACAAUGUAUCUGAAUAUAUCGAAAGGCAGAUGACCCAUCAAAAGGGGGUUCAUAUUACCGGCCUUGGCACCUUUUCCUUCAGUCAAAAGAAACUGGAUGUUGGAAACAACAGAUACCUUCUUGUCCAGAGACCCAUCUUCAUUCUCUCCGAAAAAUUUGCACAAACUCAUGGUUUGAACUAUCAAAAAUAUCACACUCCCGGCCAAAUCCCUGUAGUCCAACUCAAUUUCGCCGCUCUAGCCAUCGAGAGUCCUUUUGACCGUGAUGCCGUAGAAUCUUGUGUGAAAGAGGUGCUGCAGGCUCUGAACCGCUCCGUCGCUGCCAAAAGAAAUGUGGAAUUUACAUUCACAGGCGUGGGGCGGCUACAGAUCCGAGAUUCUCGAGUAAAGAUGAAAUUUUAUAAAGACUUUGUCCACAGUAUGGACGGGUCUGGGCACUUAGUUGAAUCUCUACAAAAUCGCCCCGGGACAGUGGAUUCUGUGAUAUCAAACCGCAGUCCGUCAAGACUCCCAACGCCAAACACAUUACACUUACCAAGAAUCACAAAUGGUUUAUCGGGCCUGGAACCUCACCGUGACUCAAAGCUAGCCCCUAUUCAAGAAGAUGGCGUUGUUGACGACCCUGCUGACGACGUCAACAUGGUUGACGUCGAGCCAAAAGAUCCCUGCGAUGUUGACAUCCAGUUCAUCGAUAACAAUGAAGAGCCAAAGUUUGGUGAGGGCAAGUCUACAAGUCGUGCUGGUUCUCGCAUGGUCGCUCCGAUCGCCACAGUGUGUGGGUUUAGUCACAUUGACGAUUUGAUGAAUCCCCCGGCGUCUGGGUCGCAGAACCCACUAAGCAAGUCGAGUCCGGCACCGCUGGCACCACUCAAUGAAUAUCCAGCAAUCUAUGGUGAACUAAGACAGAUGGGCUCACCAAAGAACCCAGGUGGAGCAGGCGGGGAACUCCUUACGCCCCUUCCAAAACCACCAACGCCACCGUCGGACAUGAAGUACCCGCUGCCACCCACCCCACCGACAGCACCACGGGAUGGCGAUCUCCCACUGCGGCCUAAAAGCUUGGAGAAACUUCUUGCACCUAGUCCCCCAAGAUCUGCUUGCGGCCACCAGAACGCCGGGCAAGAGUUGUGCUACCUCUGCCACCAGAGGGAGCGCAAGAAUAUCCCCGUGAGUUUCACGGAGGAGCGCCAACGCCGUGAGCAGGAGGAGGACCGACUUCUCCAACAGUUCCAGCAUCUCAGAGAUACGGAAGCCAUUUUGAAAGAUCAGGCAGAGGAUAUGGCGCGGCGACACGAGAAUCAGAAAAUGGCCGCUUUCAAUCUUGGCGUCUCGGAGGCGGUGAAAACCAAGAAGGUCUCGCGUGAUUUAGAUUUCCAUCCCUCGUACGUGUUCCAACGGACGCGUCCCCUGACUCCGCCCAGAUACGUCAAGCAGAAUGAAAUGUUCAAGGACCUUGCCAAGCAGGUCAACUCCAAGCAAGACAGGAGAGAGAAGCAGAGGUCGGAUGAACACUUCUUGGAGAGACUCGAGCAAGUGCAGCUGGCUGAAGAUCUCGCAGCUCAGAGGGAACAGUAUCUACGCGGGAAAGCUGAGCAGCAAGAACAGUACAAGAGGGCACUGUCGGCACAGGUUAAAUUUAAACCGUUGCCUUUGCCUGCUCGUGAACCCGACUCGACCGAUCACAUCUUCGGCAAAAACGACAUGACGAACGAAAAGCUGAAUGACAAGCGCCGACUGGCCCAUGAGCUUUACAAGGACCAACUCGACGUCGUCGCUCAGCGCAAACGAGAGGCCAUCUUGAAGCGGCUGGCGGAACAAAAGGAGGAGGAGGACGUCUUGAAAAGAACCAAGGAGGGGUUGUUCCACGACCGAGCUGGCCGAUACGAGCGCAUGUUCAGCCAUCGAAAGAGGCUCGAAGAAGACUGGGCAGACGCCUCCAAAUUAAAACUCCAUCGCGAAAGAGAGGAGAGGAUACGGUCAAUGAGUCCUGGUGUUCUGCUCCACGAACAGUGCGACAAGUACAACCGAUGUAAACAAUGUAAACGAUGCCUUGCCAACUGCGGAGAGUCGAAUAUUUGGUGCGAUUCGCGCUAUAUUCCUGGAUCGAGGUUGAUCGUCUAACGCGUGCUAUGGACAUAGAAUAUUUCAAGAGACGUUUAGAUCUCCCAAGGAUUUCUUGGACAUUUUUAUACCCGAUCAAAUUUGAUAUUAACCGUGGAUAUUUUUGUACGAGUCGGACAAUUUUUAUACCAAGCACACAAUCAGAAUAUCCAUCCAAUACUCAUCGAUAUUAUUUUCAAUUCCGUCCAUCUUACUUUUCUGAUUAAUUAAAUUGAAAUUGAAUUUGUAACUUGAAUUUGUUAAGUUUGCCCGGUAACUACUGUUAACCUGGAAAUAUUCGUGGCCAUUUUAGUUUGUGGUUUUGUGAAAUUGAAACUUUUCUAUACUUUUAAUUUAGCGUUUUGACAAUCCUGUCACAGUAUUGUUAAUUAGAUUUUCCUUUUCACCCCCAUACGUUUUCACGAUUAUCUGUAGAUACAAAAACGCCAAAAAAAGGCACGUGACUAUUUCUUGGUUUACAGUAGAUGUUACCUGUGUUGCUAUAUCUGUCAUACUAGAAUGCCUCCUUAGAUCAGGUAUAUUCCAACGUCUGCCUUUACCUACUUGCACAAAUCUUUGUAAUUAUCUUAACCCUUUCAACGGGAAAUUUCCAAAAUUCUAUCUAGCGUUAAACAAUUCGUGGAAUAAAUUUUUUCUGCAGCUGGGGCUGAACUGAAAAAAACCACUAUAACUAUUCCAUGCAGCUGGCAAGAUGUGCAAAAAAAUCUUGCCAACAUCGUAAAUAAAUUUCUUGUGGCUGGAUGCUGUGUCUAUGAGAGUUACUAUAAAUCGUACGAACUUGUUCUAGCAUGACUAGUGGUGCAGUUUGUUGGAUCAGUAUUUUUGUUUUGGUCGUCUCAAAAUCCACAUAUAAUUUGUUAAACAUUAAUCAGUGUGAGUACAGUGAAUAGUCUGUGAUAUCAAUAGGUCUGUGCCUACAUGUAAAUAAAAAUAAAAAUGUAACAGGGAGUGUAAAUUGUGAAAUUUUUGCAAGCAGUUUAUUUUCCUGAUUUUUGCAGAUGCAUUGUGAAAUGCAAACUUCAAAAGCAUGAAAAUUCAACUGUAAAAUGCAUCAAUUAUCAAAUUUUGGCAGGAAACUGGAUACUUAGUCUAUGGCCAAUCAAAAAAGAUCAAAUUCACCAACUUUUAGCAUCGCUAACAACUUCAUGGUGUACAUUACUCCCUAUUGUUAAUAGAUCACUUUCAAAGUGUUUUGUUCAAACUUUGCUAAGGGUUGGGAAAAUAGAUUUUUGUAAAACUCGAUACACCUUUUCAGAAGAAUCAUACACCCAAUAGUUAUGUUUAUCUGGUUGUUUAUCCCCUUUCUGGCAAUAGUGUCUAUGUUCGGGCAACAUAUUCUCAUAGCUUUGAUGAUAUCUGUAAAAUAAAACCUAGCAAAUCUGUGAUUUUGUAGAAUUCUGCUAACAACUUCAAUCGACGCUAUAAGAUCGUCGUGUAUUAAGUUGCUGCUGAAAUUUCUGUUCUAGUUUUCUUGUAGUUGUCUCCUUAGGUUCUCUUGAUGCCCCAAACUACAUGUAUUGUAAACCCGGUCAGAAGCCACAAACUACAUGUAUUGUAAACCUGGUCAGAUGCCACAAACUACAUGUAUUGUUAACCCGGUCAGAAGCCCCAAACUACAUGUAUUGUAAACCUGGUCAGAUGCCACAAACUACAUGUAUUGUAAACUCGGUCAGAAGGCACAAACUACAUGUAUUGUAAACUCGGUCAGAAGGCACAAACUACAUGUAUUGUUAACUCGGUCAGAUGCCUCAAACUACAUAUAUCAUAAACUCGGUCAGAAGCAUUGAGCAAUCCACAGGUCAAGGACUGUCGAGAAGGAUGUAUGUAAUUUUAUUAAAGAUGUCCUUAGAUGAAAGAAAAAGCCAAAGAAUGCUUCAGAAAAUGACAUCUAACAUGGUAAACACUGCCUAGUGCUGCCAUCUACCAGUUGCAACUGCUCCUAGCUGAUUUUACAGUACCUAGGGCAAAAUACGAUCAUCAUGAUUCUUUAGUUUAGUCUUAUGUUUCAACAUUCCGUCCAAAGUUUGCAUUUUGAUGCUGCUGUAAUUUUGAUAAAAAGAUGAUUGAAAUAUUUAUUGUAUAAAGUUAUUAUAUAGUUGUAUAUAAUUAUCUGUGUUUGUGUGUACUUGCUAGUGUUACAGAGUACACAAAGUGUGUAAUGUCGGGAAAAACAACCUGUUAAAGAAUUCAUGCAAAGAAAUGCCCAAGUGUUGACAGUGAUGCAGGUCCAAGCUCGAUAUCUUAAGUUACAUGUACAGCAGAACCUCUGUAUAAAGGACACCACUGGGACUGACAAAUGCUGUCAUUACUUGAGAGAGAUGUCCUGAUUAUAGAGGUAAAUCUCAAUGGAAAUGCCCACUUUGGUACCAAAUGCAGUGUCCUUGAUCAAAAGGAUGUCCUUAAUGGAGAGGUGUCCGGUAAGGGAGGUUCUUAUGUACUUUUGUACACCGUGAAUAGGCCUAAGUCCUGGAAUCUAUGCUGACAUUAUUGCCACCAAAUUUGAAGGCAGACACAUAUGGCCAGUGACGACAUCACAUGACGUCAGUUUAACAGCAUGGUUCCUUAUGACGUCAUAUGCAAUACAAAGUAGUGUAAAUCCUCUUUGCCCAUCAGUGGUAUUGCAGAGCGAUGAUAUUAUAUCAUUUUUUCCGUCAAACAUGUCUGCACUGAACACCAUUGGUCCAUUUCCUGCAUUGAAUUACUUAGCUGGGUGCACAUUGUUGAACAGUUACAUUCGUCGUUGGGAGACUUUCUGAAAGUGGAUGGAUUCCCAUACCUGGAAUUUUGGUAUGGUUUCCCAGAUGUACUACUGCUAAUUUCAAAACCAUGUAUGUAUUAGUGUCUGAGGUGCAGAAUUGUACUGGCAUGAUCACAGAUUCAAUUAAAGGUAUUUGAAUUUCAA